AUGAUUAAUCCAUUGGAGAAAUUGAUAUCGUUUGUAAGUUAUUGGUAUUUUCGGUACACGCUCGUUACUGAGCUUUACAUGGUAGAAAAAUGGGAGAGAUAUUUUAUUCAUAUAUUUAUGCUGAUACUUUUUGGACUGACAUUCGUCUUCAAUUACACGAUUUUGUUGCCUACAGCCAAAACUUUAUUUAUUCGUUAAUAAUAUCACUGUACAUGUAAAUAAUAAUCAAUAAUUAAUAAUAAUAUGUAACAGGAUUAUUAAAUUGUCAGUAGGUGCACAUAAUAAGA